AUGGAGCCUCCACAAGCUAGUCGCAUUGAGCCUAAGAAGUCGUUUGAUCGAGAUUGGAAGGAGAUUAGACAGCGACUGGAGCGCAAGAUUGCUGCCGCCGCUGCCCAAGCGAUCUCUGGAAGACCCGGUGGAACGGACAAUCGCAGCAGGCCUCGAUGGGCAACGCCGCCAAAACAGAAAGAGUCUCGAUUUUAUCAGGUCAAGAACGAGGAUAGAUUUACUACAAGAGGCGCUAAUCCAAGGACAGGAGUGGUCAGUCCGAGCAAUCGCACGGAUAGCUCGAAUGAAGAUCAUGUUCCCCGUCCUCGAGUUAGCCAGAAAUGGAAAGUCAACGGUGACCAGUGGGUGAGUGUCAGUGUUGCUCAUACGCCAUCGCCGCGGUCAUCGCCUUUAAGCUACACACUGGGCAAGACUGUGUCGUCUGCCGGCUCCGGAUCAACGGACCUCUCUUCGUCGGAUGACUGGGAGGAUAGAUUCGUGGUACAUAUGCCUUCUGCCGACGACCCCAAUCCACCCUCUAUGACUGCGGAACAGAUCAGAUUGUAUCAGGAAAAGAUAGGAAAGCUCCACGGAGCACCUUUUCCCAGGCACGAGAUGGAUGCGUCUAAGCCGUCGUCUGGCUCUCCGGAGCCUAGACUCCCACAGCAAGUGAAGAAGAUGAGCUCGAUCCCUGUUCUGCAACGAGGUACAACUCCAAAUUCUUUUUCGACCGACAGCAGUCAAUCUAUCUCGCCCCCGCUGGAUGGACCGCGCCAAUACUUCAGCCCUGACGAAGUCGGACGAGCUCGAGUCAGUCCAGUCACCGAUAACCCUAAGCUUAAACAAAAGGCACUAUUCAAGAAGCUGAGAGAAGAGUGUUUUAUGGGCUGUAUGGGCGUGGAUGAGAAAGCUGCUAAAAACCCCGAUGAGAUCCUACUUUUUCCAAAUUCGGACGACGAGAAUGAUGCACAAGUAUCACCCGUUGCAAAGUCGGACGAAGAAAGCGACAAAGACAAGUCAACCAAUACACCACGCACGUUGCACGCGUCUAAAAUGCCGCAUUCUUCCGGUCACAAUAUUGCUAGAGCAACUCAGAAAAUCCUAGGCAAACCUCAACGUGCAACGCCUCUAGUCAUUCCCCCAGCAUUGACGCCGGCACAGCCGACAAAGAUACCAAUACCAUCGAGCACUUCUCCGACUACUGGUCAAUAUCAAGCGAAAGAAGAUGAUAGCGCUGUGUUUACGUCCUCUGUGACCAAAAAAUCAGUAUUGCAACGGUCUCGGACUCGUCCAGUAUUGAGGCCAUCGUCUCGGCCGCCUAGGUUCAAUAAGGAUUAUAGUCGAAGAACUCCGGAGAAUGAUCUGUUUUUCGAAAGCUCUUCCCCUGGAUCCAGUCAUGGGCCGAAUGAUAGUCCAGCGGAAUCGUCGAAAUCUGCGUCGCCAGAUUCCUUUGGGGAAGGGUCAAGAAACGGCACCAUCACUUCGCCUCAAAGCAAUGAUUCCGUCAGACUGAGUCCUAGCGAUAAAUUCAAGCACACCGUUUCAUCAGAAUCGCGGCUCCACAAAGUUUUCUCUCCUACGAUAGCGAGACCACGGAACAAAAUACCAGGCGAUUUAGAAACUCCAAAAACACCGCAUGUUGCUGAAUUAGAUGGACAGCAAGUACCUCAACAACUACCGAGUCCACCCCUGAGCUGUUCUCCCUCACCUCCCGCAAAACCCAACGUAGAAACCGUCGCGAGCAAUGAAAAGCUCCGCAACAAGGAGAAAAGAGAUACUCACACUAUUCGUAUGGAAAUUCGAAUGAAGGCCGAAAGAGCAAGGCAAGGUGCUGCUGCUGCUAAAUCUGCAUCUGAACGGUUAGCAGCUGCUCGACAGCACGCCGAACGACUGGCUGAGGCACGAGCUGCUUACGACAAGGCCAAGUCUCAGAGCACUGCCAAGAAGACUAAAGAGCCCCUGGAUGAGUUGAGACAGCAAAAGCUGAACACUGAAAGGAUCAAUGAGGCGAGAAAAGCUUACAAGGCAGCCAAGGCAAGGGAGGAGGCUGAGCAGGGAGAGAAGCAGGCAAAGAAAGAGGCAGAAAAGGAAGCAACAAGACAAGCAGAAAUCCGUCGGAAAGAAGCCAAAGUCAAGUCCAAGCCUGUUUCUUCAUCGAGUUCGAAGUUGAAAACCGAGCCCACUGUCUCGUCGGAUGAUGCAAAGCCAACUCGAAAGACUCGUAAAUCAGCGGUCAAACGUCAAUUGAGUCCCGAAAGAAAGAGCAGGCGCGACAGCAAAGUCUACAAACCGGAAACCCCUCUCAAUACCCCCAUCGAACCCUAUUUAAACGACACUACCCUGAGUUUUGGCGUCUUCUACCUCUCCUUCACCAAGUUCCACUCCUUCCUUCGCGACCACAAAAUCUACUCCCAAAUUCUUUUGUCUUGCGAAACACUCUUCCAAAUGGCCUCUCACUGCCUCAAAGUCUGCAAACGCCUCGCCGACGCAUGGCUCGAAUACCAGCAAAACGGCAGCCUACCACAAUCAUGUGUCGACGAUUUCGGCGACCUUGCAGCGGACAUAGGUCAAGCACUGGUAAAUUUCGCGGUGUUGUGUUUUGUGUUCGUCGUUAUGAUCAAGAUGGCGGGUUACGUUGUCGUUGUGACGAAUUGGAUGGUGUGGUUUACGAGGCCGGUUGGAUGGGUUUUUGGGAAUUUGUUGAGUGCUGUUAUACAGUGA